AUGGCUCUGGAUGGAAAGGCAAUUAAGGAAGAAAUACCGGAUAAGGAAGUGUACGACAGUGGAAACGUUCGACGUAUGAAAGGAAAAGAACAAUGUAAUACACCAGACUCACCUGAAGGAGCUCGAGUUAUCGCCCCACGCUCUCCAAUGUCACCUCAUCAAAUUCAUCCAGUGAAUACUAUGAUACCAGCAAAUAACAGAAGUUCAAGUGUUAAUCGACAUAACAGCUCAUCACCAACUGCCAAUGGAACCCCGCCACCAACUGUGACACCAUCAUCAGCAUCAACGUUGCUUGCAAAUUCCUUGUCAGCUCAUGACAGUCAAAGGCUGUUAAAAAUUCGACGAUUCUUAGGGGCAUUGGUGCAGUUCGGUCAAGAUACUAACGUUGAUGUUGGUGAUCGUCUUAGAUCUCUAGUCUUAUCAUUGGCAAGUGGCGGUCUUUCUAUUGAAGAUUUUCAAAUCGCAGUUCAAGAAGCAACGAAUUUUCCACUUCGACCAAAUGUUCUCCCUUUUUUAAGGUCGCAUCUGCCACUUUUGCAACGUGAAAUAAACAGCUUAGCUCGUGUCAAUAAGCAAUCAGCUUUACAGUACGUUCGCACUAAUGAUAGUAGUGUCAUUGAACUUCUACAUAAUCCAACCGACGCACACAAUGAUAUAUUCUUAUCAAACGAAUCAAACUUCUCUUCAAACAGCAAUGGAUUAAAUUUGAAGCGACGUGCAACGGAAGCCUUAAUCUACGAAUCUCAUUUGGCAAACAGUAAUUUGUCACACGAAUGGAAUGAUUACAUUUCACCUGCAAAGCGACCACAUCAUUCAUUGAUGCUUUCAUCAUCAGCACUACCACAUUUAAUAAAUCAUCCAUCUCUGUUUGAAUACCAAAAUGGAAUCCAUUCACAUCAGGAACAAAUGCAUACCAGUCGAGAAGAGCGUGAACUUCGUUCAAUUACAUCUGAGUCAUCAUCACGUGGAAAUCGUGUAAGUGGUGGAGCUGUAGGUCAAGUAAAUGGAAGCGGUUCAGGAGCAACAAGUGGCGAUGAAGAAUGGCGGAAUAUUCAUACAAUGCUGUCAUGUAUCAGUGGUAUGGUUGAGAAGACAAAAAGAGCGAUUUCAAUUCUACAGCAUCGGGGUGGUGAUGGUGGAACAGUUACACAUCAAGAUUCAACAUUGAUUAGCGAUAUUAAACGACAGACGGAAGAAAAAAUAGCUGAAUUUCGACGAAAUGCCGAAGAUGCUGUAAAUCAAGUGAAAAGACAAGCAGUACUCGAAAUUCAACGUGCAGUCUCUGCAGCAGAAACACGUGCAAUUGAAAUGAUUGCACAGGAAAGAAUAAAAAUGGAGAAGAUUUAUGGAGAAAUUAACAGAAGUGGAGAUGGAAUUGAUGGAGAACAUCAAACUACUGGAAGUAAUGCAUGUUGGAAUUGCGGCAGGAAAGCUAAUGAAACAUGUUCUGGUUGCAACUUAGCACGAUAUUGUGGAUCGUUUUGUCAACAUAAAGAUUGGGAACAACACCAUCAAGCUUGUGGAACGAAUGCAGCCCGAUCAGCCAAUGAAGCACAACUUACGACUCCAAAGUCAACAUCAGUACAACAAACGCGCUCGACAGCUAAUACAAUCUCAUCAAACUCGUCAUCUUCACGAUCUUCACCAAUUAAUCAAACCACGUCUGUUUCUAAUAGCAUUACUCCUGUCAAUUAUUUAAUGUCAGUUCAUGUUCAACACGAUAGUGACAAACAACUAAAAUUUAAAACAUUUAUCAUGGAAUCAAUUAUGAAGAUUUUUUCAUUACUUGUAGUGAUUGUUGGGUUGAUUGCUUAUUUAGUGAACAGAAGUUAUUCUUACUGGAAAAUUAUGGGUGUUCCAUAUGAGGAACCUUCAUUCCCAGUGGGCAAUUUAAAAGGCAUUGGUCAUGAAUAUCAUCAAUCGAAAGUUUUUCAAAGAAUCUAUGAAAAGUUUAAAAAUCACGGGACUCCUUUUGCUGGAAUUUAUUCGUUCUUAUCCCCGGUUGUUCUUGUCACUUCAGUAGAUUUUGCUCGAACUGUUCUAGCGAAAGAUUCAGCUUAUUUCUUGGAUAGAGGUGUUUACUAUAAUGAAGAAGAUGAUCCAUUAAGCGCUCAUUUAUUUAAUGUCGAUAAUCCAAAGUGGAAAAUUUUGAGAACUAAACUGACACCGACAUUUACAUCGGGGAAAAUGAAAAUGAUGUUUGGCACUGUGUGCGAUGUUGCAGAGAAAUUUAUAAAAACACUUGAAACUGAAUCGUCUGCUGAUGUUAACAAUGAAAUUGAGAUCAAAGAUAUUGCAGCACGGUUCACCACAGAUGUGAUUGGUUCAUGCGCUUUUGGACUUGAUUGCAGUUCUUUGGAAGAUCCUAAAAGUGAAUUUAGAGAGAAAACCAAGAUACUCUUUGACGAUCCUAAAUAUAACGCUUUCUUUGUUCAAUUGAUAUUGAUGUUUAAAAAUAUUUCGAAAAUACUCCACGUAACGAUGUUCAGAAAAGAGUCGACAGAUUUCUUCAUGAAUAUUGUCAAAUCUACUGUAAAUUACCGAGAAUCAAAUGAUGUAAAGCGAAACGAUUUUAUGCAUUUAUUGAUCCAACUGAAGAACCGUGGGGCACUUGAAGGAGAUGCUUCGAUAAUUGGAAAACUAAGUAUAGAGGAAAUUGCCGCACAAGCGUUAAUAUUCUUUUUAGCUGGAUUUGAGACGUCAAGUACUGCUAUGAGUUAUGCAUUGUUUGAAAUGUCUCAGAAUCCAGCCAUUCAACAAAAGGCUAGAGAUAAUGUGAGAGAAGUGUUGAAGAGACAUGAUGGCCAAUUUACAUACGAAGCUUUAAUGGAAAUGACUUACAUUGAUAACUGCUUAUCAGAAUCACUUCGAAAAUAUCCACCUGUAACAAAUUUGACAAGAAGUUGUGCUAAAGAUUAUCAAGUGGAAGGCACAAAAUUUGUCAUUAAAAAAAAUCAAAUGGUUUUCAUCCCAGCCUAUUCAAUUCAUCAUGAUUCACAGAUUUAUCCAAACCCUUCAGUUUUCAAUCCUGAUCGUUUUAGCCCAGAAGAGCAGGCUAAAAGAUCCCCUUACGCUUUUCUUGCAUUUGGGCAAGGACCACGUAACUGCAUCGGUCUGCGUUUUGGUAUUAUGCAAGCAAAAAUUGGAUUAGCUAUGCUUCUGACAAACUUUAAAUUUGAACCCUGCCCAAGAUCUGUGAAUCCGAUCGUAUUUUCAAACGAAUUAUUUAUUUUAACUCCAAAAGAUGGCGUGUACCUGAAAGUUACAAAAAUUUGAUUUAUUUCUUUUUCUUAUCAUUAAAGAUGAUAUUUUUUAUCUCGAGAGAUGUUCUGAUAAAUAUUUGUUUAGAUAUAAUAUAAGAUUAGAUUCUGUUUUCAAACUUACAGAUUUAUUGUCACAUUUAAAGGUGAUUGAGAAAGUUAUUUUGAGUAAAUUUAGUCACUAAUGCGUUUGUCAAUAAAUUGUUACAUUCAUGAAAAAUGUAAAUCAAAUGCUGUUUAGGUUGUCAUGUUGAAAUAUAAAACUUGCUCAUAUGAAUCAUUUAGAAAAUUCCUUAAAAUAUUUUU